AUAACUCUGUGUCCGUGAAAUAUUGGAUUCAUAUUCUCUAAACUACGUCAAUAUCAAAACUUUUUGCUUACACCAGCGGUGGUGGUCAUGCCGUUAGAUAUGUAUCGCUUUAAACUGAAGUUUGAUCAUGUGUUUUGAAAUUUCAGGGUUAUGUCGGCGCUUGUGGAUUUAAUUGCAUGCAAUAUUAUAGAGCGGGACAGUAAUGGUGACGUGCUGUGGACCUGGUCAUACCCAUCUGUCACUGAGCAGCAGAAAUGUCUGGUGUUGCGGAAAUGUUGUCUUGAUGGUGACCAUGUAAUAGUGCAACCAUUUAUUUAUGGGAGAAGUGGAAAGACCUGGUACUACAUCAGUUGUACUGAAGUAUUUGACUCUGAUAACCUCCCGAGGGUGAAGCAGUUUGCACUUGUGCUGUGGAGUCGAGAUCUGAACCCAGACAAGUACGAAACAUUGUGUCGGAUGCUGAGCAAGACUUACUGCAAGACUGGCAGUCCAGUGUCCUUGCUUCAGCUGUAUCUGUCAGUUGUAACACGUGGUUCCUGCACGACUGAGGAGAAUGGCACAUUCCUAGUUCGAGACUUUGAGGCCCGCACAAAUCACAACAAUCACAUGCCCAAUACCAGAAUAAAAGAACUGAUUAAAAUGUUUGGCCUGGAGACCAUCCUCAUCUACACGGCUCUGCUUCUCAAGAAGAGAAUUGUAGUGUAUCACCACAGCUUAGAAACCUUGCUUAAGUGGAUGCCAACUUAUCCAGCUCUAAUGUGCCACCGAGAGGCAGCAGAUAUUCUGUAUCCCUGGAUAGACUUGGUGUCUGAGGAAUUACUGGAUCUGAAGAGCAACAUGAGUUACGUGGCUGGUUGUCGGGACAGUGGUGUAGGGGCCCGCACGGAUUUGUAUGAUGUUCUGGUUAACCUCCCAGCCCGAGAGAUCACAGUUGCCACUCAUGCUAAAGAAAGCAUGACGAUGACAAAGACCCAUAAGGACAUAGCUGUGUUCAUGGUGCAGCUGUCGGAGAACGAGAGUCUCUCGGAGCAGCAGGCGGUUCGAGAGAUAGCAGACAAGACGAGGGAGCUUUUGAACCAGCUCAGGUCCCUGGCCACAGUGUCCACACCUGAUGGGAAGCAUGUGGUGUCCAUUGAGACAUUGCGGGAAAGAAACCUGCCUCCGGCACUUGAUAACUUCUUGUUCAAUUUGGCUGUUGCAGAGAAUAUGAUGAUGCUGUAGAUUCAAACAAAAGAAAACAGCAUUUUGACUAUGACUGCACAUUACCAAAGUUAAUAGCUAUGAAUUGUUAUAUGAUAUAUGUGAUUUCAGAUUAUUUUAUACAACAUUCCAGCAGGAUCUUGUCUAAGCAGUUAGUAGUUAUUCAGCUGUUAUAAAGUCCAUUGCUAUAGAAUCAGUCCUAAUGAACCAGGAGGUUCGUUAGCAUGAUGACAAGUCACCAGCAAGACCCAGUGACGUUCAUAUCCCUUCAAGUUAUUUUUGUAAAAUCGUUUGUCAUCUUAUCCUCGAAUGUUGUCAAAGUUGGUCUCCUUUAAUGAGUUAUAUAAUGACAUGUAAAAAUAUGUCAGACAUAGUAAAGGAACUAUUUCUUUUUGGA